AAUCUCAUUGUGUUACUGUUACCCUAGGGCUAGGCUAGUAGUAUGAAUGGAUUAUGGAUGGUGAAGAUUGAUUGAUUCAAGAUGACUGCAACUGGAGUGGCCGUGUCGUUGGGGUUGGGAACAUUCUCUAACUGUUACUGUUACCCAGUGCCUGUAAAGGAAUUGCUUUUUUCUACAACGCGCAUUCGCAAUCGGAGUAGGAAGAAGCGCUUUGGUUUUGGUCAAAAAAGGUUUUGCGUUGGAGCUGCAAAUGCAAAUCAUGAGUUUGAUCCAGAGCUGCGAUCUGUGCUUGAACUUGCCACCGAUUCUGAGUUGUACGAGAUUGAAGCAAUCCUUUUCGGGCCAAGCUACUUGAGUCCUUUGCUCAAAUCCAUCCCAUUGGCAUUCACAAACACAAACACAAAUGAUGACCUCGACCGUUCCAUGAUUGGAGUCGACCUUGGACUACGCCAACAAUUUAUAGCAGCUCUCGAGUCCCGAUUCUUCUUCCUUGCUGCUGAUGCCCGCUCUACCUUAAGGGGUUGGAGGCCUUCUUAUAGAAAUGUCUUGCUUCAAAUAAGGAAAAAAUUAAAUAUUCCUUGCUCAACCCAAUUGUCUACUCACGACCUUGAACUUGAAAUUUUCCUCCACCUUUUGCACUGCAACUCAACUGAAGAAGAAUCCUCUCAAGGUCAGGCCACUCUACAACAUGGACUUAGUCAAUGGAAAGUGCAGUCAAAAGUUGGGGCCCAAGACAUUCCAUCAAUUCUUUUAAAGGGAGGUGGUGUAUUUACACUGUCCAAGAUAUACCAAUUGUUAGCAAGGAAAUUAUCUGGGAAAGUUCUUGUAGAAGCUGCCAAUUACCAGGUUAAGAAAGAGUUAGUGAAGAAGGGUGGGCAGUUAGCUAUGAUUAAUCUAGAAUCCAGAGCAGCCAUGCUUGCAGCAAAACAGGGUUUUCUUGGUGCUGCAUCAAGAUAUCUGGGCUUUAGAAGCGUGGUCACAUUACUUGGACCUGUGCUUUGGGGAACGUUUUUGGCUGAUCUUGUCAUUCAAAUGCUUGGAACAGAUUAUGCUAGAAUCUUGCGAACAAUUUAUGCUUUGGCUCAGAUUCGAGUCAUCCGCACAUAUCGGCUGUCUUCGGAAGUCACUGAUGAAUAGUUCUGGAAUUUCAUUUCAUGGAUUUAGUGGUUAAGGAUUCUGUUGGAUUUUGGGUCUCGUUGAAGUUGAAGCGUUUUGAGGAACGUUAUAUUUAGGUAAACAGUUUUAGAGCAAGACAACCUACACUUCUGAAAAAUUGUAAAUAUCUAGGGAUUAGUGUUUGUGCAUGACUUUUUUUACUGCAGAGCUACAUUCUUCCUUCGAGGACUUGUUGAUUUUUGGUAGAUAAUUGAAGAUGGAGUAAUUGAUUUUGUUGUGCA